AUGAAUGCUGAAGAUACAGUGAGUGCUGGGUGUUGCUCGCCCGGAACCCCUUUAGGAAGCGAGGAGAAGAAUAAGAAGGAGGAAAAGAAGAAAAGAAGAGGGGAGUGACGGAGAUGUCAGUCAUUGAAUAGAUCCCCAUGGGAUCAGUUUCGAAUGCUAUGCGAAUGGCUCAGCUGUAUCGCUGCAGGUUUUGCGGUUCUUCGCUGCAGCUCUUCCCUCUAGCAGGGCAUCCUACCCCCCCAGAUCUUCAGAAUCGCAGCUGUGAGCGGGCUGCGUCCAUAUGCCCCUGCAUGCCACUAUCAAGACUUGAAGCCUUGUUUUUUUUUUCUCUCUCUCUUUUGAUCAUGAUACCAUCCGUUUACAGCUACAUACCCCGGUCAUAGCAUAUAUAUAUAUAGACAUUUGAUAAUUUAAUCCAUAAUAAAUUCCGAA